AUGGCGGAUAAAGCAGCCUUUCAGGUGAUUGUCUUGGGUCCAACGGGAGGUCCUCGUGAAGACAGCCUCACUGGACUUCUUGUCCGAUCAACAUCGACGAACUGGUCGACGAAUUCGGUGAUUGCGGUUGACGCAGGUACCCUUGUUUCAGGAAUUAUUCACACUCUGGAGCAAUACAAUGCGGAAUUAAGAGAUGGCUCGUAUAUGAUGGAUGAAGGGCCCUUUGCCGGCCUUAGAAUGCCGUACAAGUCGGCUCAAGCCAAUGCUGCACAUAUCUUCCGAGACAUCAUUGGAGCUGUUUUGAUAACACAUGCUCACUUGGAUCACCUGUCCGGCCUGGCGAUCAACACACCCAUGCUUGAAGCAGGAAACGGGCCCAAACCAUUGGCCGCUCUACCGUCGAUUGUCGCUGCCAUAAAAAACCAUAUGUUCAACGACGUGAUCUGGCCAAAUCUGUCCGAUGAAGAUGGCGGGGCGGGUCUACUGACAUAUCAACGUCUCGUUGAAGGAGGGAACCCAAGGUUCGGUCGUGGAGAUGCGAAGGGAUAUAUCCGAGCCUGUGACGGUCUUCUAGCCCGAUGCCUCGGCGUCAGUCAUGGGCGAUGCAGGCAGCGUUUUCACCCUGAGUCCGGUACUCACCACCGCGUGGGUAGCUCAGUCUUUGCUGCUGAUCCACUGAUGCUGCCUUCCAGAGCUAUAUCCGUCGAUCACUCUACCGACGCAGGGAUAUACUCUCCAGCCCGCUCUCCCCGAAUGCUCUCAGCUAACUCGAAAGAGCCCAUUUGGGCAACAGUGGAGAGCUCUGCAUUCUUCAUCCGUGAUCACGAUACUGGCAAUGAGAUCAUUAUCUUCGGCGACGUCGAGCCCGACUGUGUAUCGCUUGACCCACGCAAUAAACGCGUCUGGGAGGCAGCAGCACCGAAAAUUGCGACCGGUAAAUUGCGCGCCAUCUUCAUUGAAUGCUCAUAUGACGAUUCUGUCGAAGAUGCAACUUUAUACGGUCAUCUCUGUCCGCGACACCUGAUUGCGGAACUGACGUUGCUGGCGGGGAAGGUUAUGGAAGCCCGGCACCCGCACAUGGCGAUAUCGAGUAUUGGAAAGCGUAAACACUCAGAUUCCAACACGUACGGCGGAAGUGGGGGCCAAGUGAGCCCCAAAUCCAAGCGUCCUCAGAGCUUCUCCGUUGCAGCCGGCAAGAGGGCCGACAUGUCUUCUGCUACGGCCGACAUGCGACCCCGAUUCUACUCAACCGCGGAAGGCUUGGUCCAGAUCCCUGAGCUGGUUCAUGACGAGUCGACACCGAGUUACUACGAGCCCGACGAUGUAAGCGAUACUGGAAAUCCCGCGGAUCCUGCACCACGGUCCGCCAGUCCUGGAGAAGCUCAGACCGGUGACUCUGGACAGCUUCCGCUGUCGGGCUUAUCUAUCUAUAUCAUACACAUCAAAGAAGAUCUGACUGAUGAUAUCCCGCCUCGAGAACGAAUUAUACAACAGCUUCGAUCCCGAGGCGAAGCCGCUAGACUAGGCUGCGAGUUCUACGCUCCCCAUCGCGGAGAAGGCAUCUGGAUUUGA